CUGCAGGAAAUCACAUGGAGGUGCUCUUGCGCUCACAUGACAGUCUGAACCAUGGCAGGAGAGAUCAAUGAAGGCUCAGUUCCUGCCUAUUACAGGGAAGUAUAUGAGGCCAUCCGCUGUAAAACAGAUGAGAGAGUGCAGGUUGAAGUUUUUCAGCGGUUACUCCAAAGGACCGAUCUCUCCAAGACGGUUGUAGGCCAGAUUGCUGAGCAUGUUGACUACACAGAUGGAUUCCUGAGCAAGUUGUCCCUCUAUAAAGCCCUCGCUUUGAUUGCUCUUGCUCAGCAAGGAAAGCAACCUAGCCCCAAACUCUUGGAGAACUGCAUACAAGAGUUACCAAAACCUCAGCUCGGAGAGCUGAAGGACCUUAACGCAUUGAGGAUGCAGCCGGCUCAAGAGGACGUUCUGACGAUGUCCCAGACGCUGGACAGACUGCUGGUCAGAGACACAGUCCAGGUGGAGCUCAUACCUGAGAAGAAAGGCUUGUUCCUCAAACAUGUGGAGUACCAGCUCACCAGCCAGCGUUAUAAAAUAUCAGUUUACCGGCGCUAUAGUGAUUUCGAUGUCUUCCAUGAGGUUUUGCUUCAGAGAUUUGCCUACAGAGUGGUGCCGGCGCUGCCACCUAAAAGAAUGUUAAAAGGAGUCUUGACCUCUGUCUCGGAGCGUGAGUUCAUUGAAGGAAGGAGGCGUGCGCUUGGCAGAUUCAUCAACUUGGUGGCACGGCAUCCAUUCUUCUCAGAAGACGAGCUGGUCAAGACCUUCCUCACCUUCAGUGGCUCCGAUGUUCAGACUAAGCUGCGUGACGCUUACAAGAAAAUGGGUGAUGAGUUCAUGACUAACAGAAUCGCAACCCAGGCGAAGGAACAUCUCCCCGCUGACAUUCAGGCUCAGUUCUCGACAAGCAGAGAGCUGAUUAGAAAUAUUCACAACAGCUUCCAGAAGCUGCGGGACAGGGCUGAGAAAAUGGCGGAGCGCUCUAAGGAGAAUGCAGCUGAUCUCCUCAUGUUUGGCAGAGAGCUCAGUACGCUGGGCUCAGAUGCUUCGUCUCUUCCCUCCUUGGCCUCUUCACAAAGCACCUGGGGGACCCUGCGUCAGUCUCUGAAGAGUCUAUCUGUGGAGUUUGCUGUGCUAUCUGACAAAGCGGCUCAGCAGGGCAGACGGGAGGAGGAUGAUGUUGUGGAAAAACUGAAUAUUUUCCUGGAUUUGCUGCAAUCGUACAGAGAUCUCUGUGAGCGCCAUGAGAAAGGCGUUCUCCACGAGCACCAGAGAGCUCUGCACAAGUACGGUAUGAUGAAGAGGCAGAUGAUGAGCGCCACAGUGCAGACCAAAGAGCAGGCAUCUGUUGAGCAGCUGGAAUCACGAAUUGUUCAGCAAGAAAACGCCAUUCAGACCAUGGAGCUGCGCAACUACUUCUCCCUGUUCUGUCUUCAUCAAGAGACACAGCUUAUCUUUAUCUACCUUCCAAUCACAUCCCACAUUCUGGGGGCUUUCGUUAACUCCCAGGUCCAAGGACACAGAGAGAUGGGAGCGGUGUGGAAUGAACUCCAGCCAAAGCUCGGCUGUCUCUUUGGUGGUAAUAAUGGAUUGAAACCCUACAUCUGAAAGCUGAAUACACGAGGUGCAGGAGAGAACACUGCCGCUGAUGAGGAUCACAAACUGGAAAAUAACUUGCUCUGUGAGCUAAAGAAAAGUCUUCUAAUACACAAUAUACAUUCCAUUCAAUAAGCAUAAGUAAUACCUAUUUUUCUUUUAGUAAAAAUGAAUUAUCAACUUCUCAGCUUAUUUUGGGAUUUGAUCAUCAACCUUAUAACUGGAAAAGAGUGGACUCAUACUUCUUCGUCAUUUUAUGCUCUGCUUGAUAAGGGAAUAACGUAGGAAGUAAAUCUAAAUGUUAUAUAUUUUUUUCAAGGGACUAGGAUAUCAGACGUGAGGGAUGACAGUAUAUUCAUUCAUUGCAUCUCAUUUCCUAAAGCACCUCCUUUACACACUACAAUAAUUGAGAAAAAGUUGGGAGGGACAGCGAGUUUUACUUUAUUAAAGAUGGCAUUAUUUUAAAUCUCCAGUCAUGAAGGAUUUACUUACUGAAUAACUUUAGAGCAUUGUAUUUUUGAUACCAAUUGAAGUUCAUAAGGAUGUACUGUAUAGCUGCGUACUUUAUAUUUUGUACGGACAAUUGUGUUUUUUUUUCUCCUACUUUUGCAGUGUUUACUUGUAUGUGGAGCAACAUAUUUGAUCUCUUUGCUUAAAUUGACUCCAAAUUGAGCUAUUUUGAAAGGUCUACACUCAAAGUGGUCAUUACUACAAAGGGCAGAGGUGAGGUUUAUUGAUUUAAAAUGACAACUUUUAGCACAAGUGGCUUAAUGUCAAUAACACUAUAAGCUAUUGAUUUACUACCAAAGAGAAAUAAAAUAAAUUCACACAGCGGUGCAAUAAAUCAUGUAACAGUUACGAUGCAAUUCAAAUGAAAACAUUUAAUAAUCACCACUUUUAUUUCCCUAAUUUCAACUGGAAGAUUUUUUUGCCCAUAUCACUUAAUAGUGGGAAGCUAUUUUUCACAGUUAGAGAAAUCCUAAUUUAAAUUUGUUUAUAAUGUAUCAGGGCAAAAUAGAUUGGGAGAUUAUUCAAUUCCCUUUCCUUUGCGCUAUUAGACUUUCUACUUCAGAUAUUUAGCAUGAAAACAUCCAUGCACAUUUUUCUGUACACACAUAGUUUGUCAUAACAUUAUGUAUU